CCAUUUGUGAUCUUGUAUGACUCCCAUAGAGUAUGUCGGCUUUAUCUGCCAGUGUGCGUGUUGAGCUCCUUCGUCUUCCCAGAGCUAUUAUCUAUGAAUGAAUAUGGACUUUUUUAUUCGCCGGGUGUGCCACCUGCUGGUGCGUCACGGCCGCUCUGGCCAAUCCUGACGCAGUGAUUCGUGCGCCCUUGGAGAUCCCGCGCUGCUCCUCACAUCGCCGGCCAACCUACGGCUCGGUGACGGUAGAAGGCGACCCUCGUUAGCUGUAUACCGUUAGCGUUUCAGAUGCGACUACAUUGGACUGCUGUACUGCUGCUGUGCCAAACAUGGACCAGUGACAAGUUUGACUGGAUUGCCAUUUUCCCAUCUACCUGCACUUCUUUUGACCCGCGCACUAUUGAAUGUUAUGAGACGCCAUGAUCCGGCCGGAGGAGGAUAAUCGCGCAGCACCAGUAGACAGCAUGGACACCAAAAGGCACUGCGCUGAAAGGUGACCUCCAGACACUUCACCUCCCCAAAACAUUUGAACAUGCCAGGACAUAACAAUGAGCUCCAACAGCACAGACCCUGGUCUCUUCCUGACUGCAAACACCUCACUACCAGCACCCGGAGCCUAUCCACAAUCCAAUGCUCUCCACCAAGGAGGAAGUGGAGUAGCCCCCUGGCCAGUUUUUCAUAUGAAUAACCUGGAUGAUAAUUCCUCUUCCACCAGCAAAUUCUUGAACCUCACCUCAGAAUCCCAAAAUGGGAACAUAACAGCAGCCCUUGAUCCCUUGGGCGGCCUCCAUUUGUGGCAGGUUGUCAUCAUUGUCUUGCUCACAGGCAUGUUGUCACUGGUCACCGUCAUCGGCAACAUCCUGGUGGUGGUAUCCUUCAAAGUUAAUCGCCAGCUAAAGACAGUCAAUAACUACUUCCUGCUAAGCUUGGCUGUGGCUGACCUCAUCAUAGGGGUCAUCUCCAUGAACCUCUACACAGCUUAUCUUGUGAUGGGCUACUGGGCCAUGGGCAAGUGGGCAUGCGACAUGUGGCUGGCUAUAGACUAUGUGGCCAGCAACGCAUCUGUUAUGAACCUACUGGUCAUCAGCUUUGACCGCUACUUUUCAAUCACCAGGCCUUUGACCUACCGCGCCAAACGGACCACAAAGCGAGCUGGGAUCAUGAUCGGCCUAGCCUGGUUUGUUUCUCUUGUUCUGUGGGCCCCAGCCAUCAUACUAUGGCAGUUUUUUGAGGGCAAAAGGACAGUACCCUCAGAAGAGUGCUACAUUCAGUUCCUCACAGAGCCCACUAUUACCUUCUGCACAGCCAUAGCGGCUUUCUACCUGCCUGUGACGAUAAUGAGUGUUCUUUACUGGCGCAUUUACCAGGAGACCCAGAACCGUUCGAAGGAGUUAGCUGGGUUGCAGGGUUCAGGGAGUCGUGGUGGGAUAGGAGGAAGAGGUGGUAAUGGUGGGGGCGAGAAAGCCCGUUUUGUCCAUCAGACAGGAAGUUCUAGAAGUUGCAGCAGCUAUGAGAUGACCAGGUUAUCCCGGAGAAAGAGCACAUGUCGGGAGCUGGUUGGCCGCUUCCACUGCUGGCCUGGGGUUCGUUCCUGGAGACCCGGUAGUACCCGGCAGGGUGAGGGGGAUCCAGACCAGAGCAGCAGCGACAGCUGGAACAAUAAUGAUGCUGCAGUCUCGUUGGACCAUUCUGGGUCUUCAGAGGAUGAGGACUGUGGGGGAAAAGAGAUGAUUUCCCAGAGUCAUGCUAUUUUCUCCAUUGUUCUAAGCCUACCUGUUAUAAAGACUGCUGUCAACUCCCAACUCACCUCAUGUGAGGAUCUGGAUGCAGCCUCAGAGGAGGAUCCCCUCAGGGGGUCGGAGUAUAACCGAGACAGCCUCUCAACAGAUACUAACACCACUGUCGCCACUACACCCGAUGGAGCAAACAGUUCAGAAAAUAGCUACCACCAACGCUUCUGCUCACGCAAAAUUCAAUCAAUGCCUGUCAUCCAGUCGUACUCUAAUCAAGGCUUGGAUGGUCCCCCAACAACUACUAACACUGCCACCAACAAUACCACCACCAGCACCACCACCAAAUCCCCCUCUGUCCCAAUAUCCUUUAAAGAGGCAGCUAUGGCAAAGCGUUUUGCAACCCGAGCCCGGACUCAGAUCACUAAGAGGAAGCGCAUGUCCUUAGUGAAAGAGAAGAAGGCAGCUCAAACUCUCAGUGCCAUCCUCUUUGCAUUCAUCAUCACAUGGACACCGUACAACAUCAUGGUGUUGAUCAAUGCCUUCUGUAAAGUUUGCAUCCCGGAGACACUGUGGGCAGUAGGGUACUGGCUGUGCUACGUCAACAGCACAGUCAACCCCAUGUGCUACGCCCUGUGCAACAAGACUUUCCGUACAACCUUUAAGAUGAUACUGCUGUGCCGCUGGGACCAGAAAAAAAGGAGGAAGCAGCAGUUCCAGCAGAGGCAGUCUGUGGUUUUCCACAGAAGGAUUCCCAGGGAAUCUACGUAAAGGACAGGGAAUCAAAAGAUUUAACAUAGGACAAGAAAAAGGAAGAAGCAUCCAUGUAGUUGUUUCUGUGGAGUUUCUUUGCAUAGAGAUUCUUAAUGUGUUUCUCUGAUAGUAAGUCAAGCACAGCAACCCCAUGUGGUGGUUUUUGAGGGUUGUGUUUGUGUUGGUGCAUCCAUUUAGCAAAGCUGUGUGUAUGCGUGAAGAAUUGUGUAUAGUGAGGUUUAGAGAUGAAAACGUUCUCUCAGUCCUUGAUAAACUCUACCAUUUCAGUGUGGGAAACAAUAGAAAAGGGCUUUAAAAUGCUUUGAGGAGAAUUUCUGAAGUGCAAUUGACACAAGGGGAAAGGAUAUCUUUGUUACGGGGUUGGGGAUUCACAUUUCUUAUAAUUUCUCUCUGUGGGUAGUUAGAUCUGUAACGUGCAGAGUGGUUUUGAAUUUCAAACAAAACUAUUUAUCUGUAAUAAAUCACUGAAAGAUAAAACUAAAAAUAUUUAGGCAUCUACAUUGUACUGAUUUGACCUGCCAUCCUCUGGCAUGUGUUUUUAUCAGAAAUGAUGUACAUUGCCUUUUUACAUGGAUAUAGCUUUGCUGUGUCUGAUGGAAUAUAAAAAUCCUUGAAUUGUGUCCUUACUUUCAGUCAACAGAGAUGUUAUUUUUGUGAUAUUCAUUUUUGGUUUUCUAGAUAUUCCUGAGAUUUUGAGCCAGUCUGAAAAUGAUUCUUCUGAUGAAUUGAGUUGUGAAUAUUUCGUGUGGCACCACAGACAGUGAACUGCUGUUGUGUUUAAUGUGAUUGUUGUGGUUUUUAUGGUGGAGACAAUAAGUACAUUGGUUGUGAUGUAUGUACUUGCAGUUCUCUGUCAAGAGUAAUGAUUAUACAUUGAAGAUAUUCUGUUUGUGUACAUUUGAAUAUUUCUGACUUGAUACACGAUGAUUGAUUACACACACAAAGAUGUCCAUUUAUACAGAUAUGUGUUUUGAUUUUACACUAUCUUUUAGAUUUGUACAAAACGAUACAUCUAAGGAACUCUUUGUAAAAGGCCACCAAUCUUUGAUAUAGUAGAACAAUUGCAGCCUCUAGUGGUCGGAGAAAGACCAAGCCGCAUUUCUGUCAAUCCAACUUCUACUGUGCAGUAUCAAAAUCCCAUUCUGCCAAUAUGAAGACAGAAAAUGACCAUUUCUAUCAUACUUGUGCAACAAUUAUUCAUACUUUAGGAAUUUCUGGCUUAUAUAUAUUAAAUUACAUUUAGAUAAAAAAAAAAAAAAUCUAUUUGGCUUUUUUUUUUACCACAAUCAUUGAAGUUACAAUAUUUAAAAUUUAUGUUAUAGCCUGAUAAUGUUUUGUUCAAUUUCAUAUGAUUUAUGGGUGAAGUUGUUCUUUAUUAAUAAGUCUUACAGCAAUUAAUUUGUAAAUAGAAUUGAUAGCUGUCUUGGUCAUCAAGUUUUUCUAUACAGAAAGUGGCCGAACACAAACCAACAAGUCAGCAUAAGUACUUCUUUAUGCAUAAAUAAGAAUUUAUUUAAAUGUUUUAUUUGUAUUGCACAUUAUGUUAUUCUUAUCUUAUGUAGAUGGUUUUUACAUUGUUGCCGCACCCAAAUCUUGAAUACUGUGCAAAAGGUAUUUUAGGCAAAGGAUACACUAUAUUACGACAAAUGGCAUACUGAAGAAACAGUAGAUUGGAUUAUGUUGGAUGCAAUGGUAUGAUUUAUGUACUGUAUGCAAAAAGAUGUUUGAAAAUAUCCCAUGCUUGUCACCAGUGGGUAUUUUUGUUUGCUUUCAACACAAUGUGCUCCAGUGUCAAGAUACAUUCUUCAUCAAAAUAUGAGAUUUUUGUACUUAAAUAUUGGGAAUGUAAACUACCAAAAUGGUGAACACAAACAUUUUGUUACAUUUCAAGUAUGCCAAUCAUACUCAUAUUUUAAGUCAAUAAACAAACAAAAAACCUUUUGACAGAAAUUA